AACUCUGCUUUGACUUCAGUUGACUUUGUCUCUGUUAUGCUAUAAAAGUCCCUUGGGUGAGUUUAAUGUUUAACAGUUCAAUCACAACCAUUUCUUAACUCUCUCUCAAACUCCUUCAUAAUCUCUCUUUCCCAGUUCCCAGCUUCAAAUCAAUAUGAAGAAAGUGGUGCUAAAGGUGGAACUCUAUGAUGACAAAAUCAAGAAAAAGGCCAUGAAGGCAGUAUCUGGUCUUUCGGGGGUUGAGUCAGUCUCUGUAGACAUGAAGGACCAGAAAAUGACUCUAAUUGGGGACAUUGAUCCUGUUAGUGUGGUGGGCAAGCUUAGGAAAUUGUGCCAUUCAGAUAUAGUUUCAGUAGGACCAGCCAAAGAGGAGAAAAAGGAGGAACCCAAGAAAGAAGAGAAGAAGCCAGACAAGAAAGAUCCAAAGGAGGAAUAUGCUGAACUUCUGUAUGAAGCCUAUAAUAAUCAGACUAGAAUGCAGCAGCUAUACCCUUAUUACUAUUACAGAACUGUGGAAGAGAAUCCAAAUGGCUGUGUUAUCUGCUAAGUAUUGGAGUAUCAUCAUCAUGGAGUUUUAUACAUAAUAAAUGAGAUCAAGAAAAGAAGAUUGUGGCUGGAGUUGGAUAGUUAUGUUUAUGUUUCGUUUGGAAUUUCCUUUUUCUUCUUUUCUUUAAUCAUUAUAAAGUUUUGGCCUUUCCUCUUGUUCUAGUUCAAAAAUAUCCAAAAGUGUGGAAUCUAAAGUAGAAAAGUGUAAUAUGUACAUUAUUUUGUUGUGUAAUACAAUGUAUUCAAAAUUCUGGCAGCAUUACUUUAGAAUUGAGAAUUGAGAAACUGGUUUUAUUAAA